AUGACUGCAACUAGCUGGACAGACGCUGCGGCGACGCCCUCGCAGCCGGCGGGCAGCGGCCUCUUCACGUCGGGCGCUACCGUGUCGAUUGACGCUCCAGCAAGCGUCGUGUUCGACAUCAUCACCAGCUACUCCCGAUACAGCGAAUGGAACACGUGGACGCCAACCCUCGCUUUUGAGGAUGCGGAUGGGAAUGUCGCGGCGGGAGCAGAGGGCAGGCUUAAGACGAUUAUGAAGGCGCAGAACCGUGCCUACGACAUCCCCAUUGAGAUCCUGGAGUUGGACCGAACAUCUGAGACGCACAAACUGGCCUGGCGGAGCAAACUACUACCUGGGUGGGCAGCAAAAGCAGAACGAGUUCAAACCGUGACGCCAGUCUCAGGCAAUAAUGGUGCUUGUGAGGUGAAGACCUGGGAGACGAUGAGUGGGCCGGCAGCCUAUGUCUUCAAGUACCUCAUGGGCGUGCCCAAGCAGCUUAACGAGUCGAAUGUCAACUAUCUCGCCGAGCUCAAAACAUACGCGGAAGGGAAGCAGGCCGGACAGGCUUAG